CAUCUCACAGUUUACAAAAUAAGAAAGAGCUGCCCAGUGUCAAUAAUCUGUCAAUAACUGGACAAUAUACUUGCACGCCAUGGCAGCUGCGAGUAAGUGAUGAGGAGAUAAGGUAGAUAAGUCUCUCCAAGCAGCUUCUGUCCUCCAUUGAAGCCGAGCAAGGGAUCUUCUCAUCACCCUACUCGGCCUCCUCCUCUUUGGCCUCAUCUCCAUCAAAUAUCUCAUCUCUACCGAAAUCAUUCAUUCCCAAUCAUUCUUUAUCCCUUUUUUGUCACUGUCAUUAUAAGUUUCCUGAAAUCCCGUGCUGUUGUGUCAAGCCGCCUGGCCUCCCCAUUCAUAAAAAGACUCUGUAUAACGGAUCUUUUGUCCAUAUACGUGCUGCUCGUUUGCAUAGCAGUUGUUUCUCCGAUUCAACCUAGAAUUCUUGAUUUUGGGUCUUUCUGUGCGGAUUCCAUGAGACGGUCAACAGACGUGUCUGUUGUACAAAGAGCUCCGGUCGUCUCUUUGUUUUGAUCUUCAUAGUGUUUCCCAUCCUUCAAUCUCGACCUUUCACACAUAACCAACCGCUUGCACACCAGUCUCAGUGACGAGUUCACACAUCGCCGGUGAGCUAAACGCCAGGCAACUCACCGGACAAGAAUUCCUCAGCCUUCAUGUUGAUUUCGCCUGUUACCUCGCAAAUUCGCCUACUUCACAGCCGAACGCACCAAGAAAUCAUCCACAUUUCUCGUAUAAUUGUUCCUGCAACCUUUGUUGACCUCACAGUUGGUCCACUCUAUGCAAAAACCAGAGACAGCUUCCAGACGCCACAUCCUCUCUAGAAGGCUUGACCACGCUCGAACCCACUUUAGAAUCAUCCGAAGUCGAGUCCAUGACCACGUAAGGAACACAAAUACAAGCCUAACCCAGAUUAUUUCGAGGCCAUUUCCAGGGUACAAAGAACAACGCGUUCUGGGUUAUAUCCGACUCCAGGCGUCACCCCCUAGGCCAGUACUUGGCGCCGCAAUGGAUGGCGCUGGGGAAAAACGGCCGGGGUUAAAUCGACAGAGUCAUGCUCCGGUGGCGGCCAUAUUCGUCCAUGCUGGUGCUGGAUAUCACAGCACCACGAAUGAGAAAAUACAUCUCGCUGCAUGUGCAGACGCAUGCAUAGUUGCGAUGAGAUUUCUUCGUGGAGGUGCCACUGCGGUCGAUGCAGUCGAAGCAGCAAUCAAAGUCCUUGAAGACAAAGAAAUCACCAAUGCUGGAUACGGAAGUAACCUCACAAUCGAGGGCGUUGUCGAGUGCGAUGCAACAGUUGUUGACCAUCUGGGUCGGAGUGGAGCUUGUGGCGCCGUUGCGAAAAUUAAAAAUCCGAUCCACCUCGCCCGAAUUAUUCUAGAAGAGUCCAACCGCCCAUUGUCGCUCAGAAGAGUACCACCAAACCUGUUGAUAGCCGAUGGUGCAACAGAGUUUGGGUUUGAGCAUGGGAUGGACAUAGUUCACCACGAUGCACUCGUGUCUACUAACGCCAGAGAAAGAUUUAUCCGCUGGCGAGAGGACCUGAGGAAAGCUGGGUUUCCCCGCACUCCCAACAGCCCAGGUAGCCCAGGUAGCCCAGGUAGCCCAGGCGAGGAAGUGGUUGAUCAUGAAUACGAAGAAAGAGUUCGUGAUAAGCAAAGAAGAGAUCACUUCAACGCACUCAUGAGUGCUACAUGGAACGAAGGCCAACCAGGUACUCCUCAGGCAGCAUCGCCGUCGACUUUUGCAGAGGACAAGAUGCAGGAUGUUUCCCAAUCUGAGCAUGAUAUGCUCCCAACCAGGAUUCCAGCCUCGACCAACCAGAAAACACCAAGGACUCCAGACAAAAAAAAUCAAUAUGAGUCAAACACGCAAUCCCGUAUUCCCGUCAGUCCAUCCAUGCACUCGGCCAAGCGCCCCAGGUACAGCGGUAGCCGUUCCAGUAAAGGACAUGGAACAUGUACUCCCUCUUUGCUUAAACCAAACACAAAUGUGGAUGCGGCUGAAGAACCAUCUAAAAGUGUUUCUGAUGCACCAUCCGGUCUGGCACGCCCUCCUACCGGCAAGCAACGCAAAGGCACCGAUGGCUCUGAUGAAACACAAGAGCCCGCUACGCUGCCAGAGCCCGAAGACGAGACUCCCAAGCCCUUCCCUGCUUUCAUGCUCUCCGACAUUGACGAAGACCGCAUCACCGACACCGUCGGCGCCAUCGCCAUUGACAUCUUCGGCAACAUCGCCGCCGGCUCAUCCUCCGGCGGCAUCGGCAUGAAGCACCGCGGUCGCGUCGGACCAGCCGCCCUCGUCGGCGUCGGCACAGCCGUCAUCCCCGCCGACUUCGAGGACUCGGAAAACGUCACCGUCGCCGCCGUCACCAGCGGCACCGGCGAGCACAUGGCCACCACGAUGGCCUCCCAGAAAUGCGCCGAGCGCCUCUACUUCUGCACCAAGCGCGGCCGCGGCGGCACUAACACCGAGACCAACGAAGAGGACGCCAUGGAGUCCUUCGUCCUCAACGACUUCAUGGAGCACCCUGGUGUCAAGAACAGUCACUCUGCGGGAGCGAUCGGCGUCAUGGCUGUCAAGAAGAUGCCGGAGGGGUAUUUUUUGCAUUUCGCGCAUAAUACGGAUUCGUUUGCGCUGGCGAGCAUGCAUUCGGGGGAGAGGGAGCCGAAGUGCGUUAUGAGUCGGAUUGGGGAUACGGGGGUUGUGGUGCAGGGGGGGAGGAAGAUUAAGGUUGAUGGGUAG